AUCGACCCGUUGGAAAUUUUUCACAGUGCAGGAGGCAUUUAGAACGUUAAUUAUUUCUGUGCGGAGUUAACCGUUUAUUCGACACAUGGCAGUGGUGCAUAAACUCCUGGGCCACGGAAGAAUCGGGCAAUGCGGCGGUACAAUCAUAAACAAAAGAUGGGUACUCACAGCCGCUCAUUGCGUAGAGGGGGGGUCACAGAAAUUUUUCGUGGUGUUCGGCAUCAUCGACAAGUCCGGCAUUGGAUACAACACUCUUUUAGGCCCCGGUGUGUCAAUGAUUGCGACUAUAGCCGUCGUACACCCGCUAUACACACCGUCUCAAAACGAUAUUGCCUUACUCCACAUGCCACAGAAUAUUCCCUUUUCCGGUAAAUAUAUUUAAAUUACUAUUCCUCCUUCUUCCUUCUCUUGCGCUUUAUUCAUAUGGCGGCGUUAUUUAAUUAUUCUAUGGAAAAGACGCGGAGAAUUAAUAACGAUAUGAAUAACAAAUAGUCUCAUAAAUGUGGAAAACUCAAUAAUGGAAAAUAGUAUUGUUUAUCUGUACACUAGGAGUCACUAAUGCCUUGCCAUAUGAAUUUCGGUACAUGUAGGAUAGAUACACAUUUUCCAUGUAUGUAUAUUCAACAUAUAGAAAUGUGUUGAUACGUGCGCAAAAUUAUGUGGGAAGGCAUCAGUGAUUCCUAGUGUACACAGCUCUUUUUGCAAUCUUUGAGAUGUACUACAAAAAUAUCACAAAUUGACACGUUCCGCUACGUGUUUCGGUUCCGAGUCGGUACAAAGUUUUACGAUAUUUAAAAUACGUGCGACUCAUGUCAGAUCUGUGUUACG